UGGCUUGGAAAGUUGGAUCCAGCACAUCUGCAAAGGACCUGGGUGGUGCCAGCAGGAUCAUGUUGUUGACGUGCUACGGCGCCUCCUCUUCUUGCUUGCUGCCAUUGACUCUGGUUGGUAGUGGCUCAUGAGUCAGUUCUUGUCCAGACUCUCUCGUGUUCCUUGUCGCCGUUUGGAAUCUCGAGAAGUGGGUUCCUCUUCCUCUCGUUCCUUUUCGCUCUUUCGCUCUCUGUCUGUUUCUGUGCUUGGAUAUGGUGCCUGCGUGUGUGUCUAUCUCUCCUCGUCUUUCUCUCUUUCUCUCUCUCUCUCUCUCUCUCUCUCUCUUUCCUCUCCUUCUCUUCGCUCCAAGGUUUGUUCCUGGGGUCGACCUUCGAAGUGAUCAGUGAAUAGGUGCGAGCCUCUCCUCAUGAACAUGAAGCAACCAAGUUCAACUUCGUUUGAGUUUGAGUCUUCUGCUUUUGGUUGUGCUUCGAUCUUGGACUUGAUUGUCUGAUUGGCCGUGAGAAACGUCGUCUUUGACUAAGUCAUUGUUUGAUGAACAAUCAGGACUUGUCGUCGUUGUUGUUGUUAUUCUUCUCCGUUGUCCAUGAGUGGUGUUCAAUGUGCCUGGGAUUGAGUUCGACAACCAACUAACUCCCAGGAGUGAGUGAGUGAGUGAGUGACUGACUGACUAACUGACUGAGCGGAUGAUCGACAAUAAGAAAGACAAAAAGAAAGGAAGGCAAUUACUGUACACACAACUUCAAUUCCUUCCCCGUUUCACGGUUUUGAACCCACAAUCGGUUUGCUUUUGGGGCGCUUUCUUGCGCUCUCAAUGAGCCCCUGAAGGAUCUCCCGAAACGAGGAACAGUAAAUUAUCAUUCCAUUGGGCACCAUCCGAGAAGAGAGAUGCUGACAAAGGGUAUCAUCCUCGAUCAAGAAAUUGCCCCACUUUAAACCUAUGUCCCGUGCGAGUGGAAACCAACAAAUCCGACUUCACAGUGGAACGUUGAAGAUCCAAAAUCCCCACGGCUCUCCAGCCAAUGGGAAAAACGAAUCAUGAGAGGCUCGGCAAGAGGCUCGAUGGCCUGUUUCAUUUCCUUGAGCUCUUAGUUGAUAUUGGUUUGGUCUUGCCGACUCUUCUCUCAUGCCAGUGACCAAGAUUGGCACGACGACAACGUGGCAGCCAUCUAUUAUUUUCCAUGCUGCAACACGAUGGGAUCAUUGCGGCAAUUGGAACUUUCCGGACUUCUCCAGACAGUGCUGGUCGUGAUCGUGUGUUUAAGUGGCGAGGUCGUCUCAAUUGUCUUGGAAGGGUCUCAAACCUCCUUCGCCCAAUUCCAUCAAUGGCACGGUGGAGUGAACGGCUCCCUCGAGCUUCAGUUCCGAACAUCCCAGGCGAAUGCUCUUCUCCUCUACACAGACAAUAUUCAAUGUCGCGAUUACGUUCAGUUGUCCCUGGUGGAGGGCGUGCCUCGACUACGGUACAACUGGGGCGGGGGUCCUCGGAUGCUCAUGUCCGAUUGGAGCAUUCCUGUGAACGAUUCCAAAUGGCAUCGAGUGUUAAUUCUCAAGAGCGGACUUCACACGAGUCUUGUGGUGGACGACACCCAAAGUGAUAGUUCUGUGGUGUCGGGUGUCAGAGGUGAAGAGGAGGUCUUCACCGGCGACUCCUCGGCCACCUCAAAAUCGCUCAAAGCCAAGAAACAUGACCGGCAUCGGUCUCGACCCGAGACAGAUGACGAAUCCCUGGUGGGCUUUGGGGAUCCUUCGACCAAUUCGUACGUUUUUGUGGGAGGGAUCCCACCUUGGAAAGGGCAAGACAUUGAAUCGCUGGUUCUUCCCAUGGUUUUGCUGGAAACCCGAUUCCACGGCGAAGUGAAAGCCAUACGUUAUCGUGAUGUCGCCCAUGCCUCAGACAGGUUUCAAGAAAUGAUGGCUUACCGGGGUGUGCGAGCCCAAGACGUCGAUGUAUGCAAACAUCAGAAUCCUUGCCAAAACCAAGGCCUUUGUCUUCCAACAGAUUCCGGGCCGAUCUGUGACUGCAGCAAUACCAAAUACCAGGGGGAUCAUUGUGAGACAAUGGAAACUCCUUUGGAAGUGACUUUGACGGGUGGUGAAUACCUCAGCUACAACCUCUUCCAAAGAGGCAUCGAUCCAAUUUUGUCCAUCAAUGACGAAAUAAGCCUGUACUUUAAGACACGGAAAUCUUCAGGCUUGCUCUUUCACACAGGCAAUGAGAACGAUUACAUGAGCGUCAGCUUAAUCGACGGAGGCGUGGCCCUUACCGUGCAAAUUGGCUCGGGCGUCCUCGACACCGGGAUCAAGCCUAAUAGUGAGCGUUUCAACGACAAUAAAUGGCACCAUGUCCGAGUGCACCGGCGAACCAGUGAGACCUCCACUAGCCAAAAGCAAUGUCACGUCACGUUAAGCGUGGAUGGGCGAUACACGGAGAAGUGGGUCACUUCGGGUCCUUUCACCCUUUUGAUUUCGAGUCUGGUCUUUGUGGGGGGAUCAGAGACAUCGAUCACCUUGCCUGGGGCUCGUGCCAGUUACAAUUGGGUGGGAUGCUUGAAAGAGGUUAUUUUCAAAGCAGACAGCUUGGUCUUGGAUUUGCUCCAACUGGGGCUGGAUGGUAAUCCCAUGAUCUCAGUAAUCGGUGAUUUACAAUGGUCUUGCCAAGACAUCGCGUCUGGAGCUCCCAUGGCUUUCAAGUCAGACUCGACCACACUGUAUGAAGCCAAGCAACAACAAGAUAGCGGUGUUAUAUCGUUCACCAGGGAGGAGGCCUUUUUGGCCUUGCCUUCUUGGAACGUGAGUUUUUCUGGAUCCAUUUCCUAUCAGUUCCGAACAACAGAGACCAAUGGUCUUAUUCUGUUCAAUGGCGGUGGUGACCCAGGCAAGGAUUACUUUGCCAUGGAGCUUCUGGAUGGUCAUCUCCAUGUUCAUCUGGACCUUGGGUCGGGUUCGGUGAAAAUCAGGGCCUCGCGUGUUCCGCUGAACGAUGGCCGAUGGCAUCAAGUGGAGCUCACAAUUAAGAAACAAAUUGGUCGGAUAACCAUUGAUGGCGAGACGGAGGCCUUUGAGACACCAGGCGAUGCCAGUCAAUUGGACUUGAGGGGACAACUCUACAUUGGCAGCGUUGACUACAUGGAUCCCUACUUGCGUCUUCCCCCCGCCGUGUGGUCCAGUACCUUGCGCUACGGAUUCGUUGGAUGCUUCAAGGACCUGAGGGUCAAUGGUUCGCCGUUGGACGUGGUCUUCUACGCGCAUCAACAAGACGUGGGCUCCAUUAGGUCCUCGUGUCACAAAAUGCCAGGCCAAUGUCAUGACAAGCCUUGUAUGCACGGUGGCGUGUGCUCAGAGGGGUGGAAUCGCUACAUGUGCGACUGCUCCCAAACCAGCUUUGCUGGCGCAAUAUGUGGCAACGCGGCCACCACUCUCAAGUUUGAAGGAUCCCACUCUAUGGGAUUGGCCUUCAACGAGGGGAUCACCCACGAGGCUGAGGAUGUGUCCUUUCGAUUUCGAACGAACGAACCAGUGGGGCUUCUCAUGACCACAAUGCACGAUAGAUCGCAAGACAAGCUUGAGCUCUCGUUAGAGGGGGCCAGGGUCCGGGUUCUGGUCAGACUUGAGAAUGAAGAAAGGGUUCUCUUCGCUGGCCAGAGUCUCAAUGACGACAUUUAUCAUUCUGUCAACUUUAAACGACGUGGAGCAAAGAUUGUUGUCGUCAUUGACGACGAGGACCAGGUGGAGGCCCAAAUCCGCCGCAAAGACACGCGAAUGAGUUUCAGCAAAAUCUAUAUCGGUAACAUUGAUCCGAGUGAGCUCUUGCUUCACACGGGAAUCCCGGGCUUUGUGGGCUCCAUGCAGCAGCUUAUCAUCAACGGCCAAGCCUUCUUGGAACUGGCGGGCUCCGGCCAAUUGAGCAACCACAAAAUGAAUGCAAUUCUCGUAGAAUCCAGCCAUGAGAUGUCUUUUCACAAUGCCAUGUCGUUUAGCGCCAAGAAUGCAUAUAUAGGGUUGCCUCAGAUGAAAGCCUUCAAUUCCAUCAACCUUCGCUUUCAAUUCCGCACUUUCGAACAGAAUGGCUUACUCAUGUACAACGCUGGCAAGGCUAGUGAUUUCAUCGCUAUUGAAUUGGUCAAUGGUCGGCUCCACUACACCUUGAACUUGGGAUAUGGACCUUUCACCAUAGCUGAUACGGUCCAAGGCUCUCUGGCCGACAACAAAUGGCACAAAGUCAUCAUCGGCAGACCCUCACGGUACCGACACACCCUCAUGGUAGAUGGACACGUGGCCACUGCUAGCGCAAUAGGCGAUAACUUUCAUCUGGACUUGGACGGCAUUCUAUAUUUAGGUGGAGUACGCGACGAAAUGUACAGUAUCCUCCCCAGGCCUAUGGUAUCACGCUCAGGUUUCCAAGGCUGCUUUGGUAGCUUUGAGACCAAUGGCGAGUUGGUGGACCCUGUGAAGCACGCACUGGUUCCAAGCCCAUUGGUGGAAGAAGGAUGUGAAGAAUCUGUGGCUUGUCAAUGGGGAACAAAAGGAGGAGCCAUUCGAUACACGUAUCCAUCGGAUAAGCGACCAGAUACCAACAGUGACAUUCUAUCCUUGGGCUUCAUAACCCCCAGUUUCAACGCCAUUUUGGCGAGAGUGGAUAGCAAUCCGGAUUCGCACAAAGACUUCUUGCAGUUGGAGAUCGUGGCUGGCAAGGUGUUUCUCAAUUACAACCUCGGCUCGAAAGACAUCACUAUUGGGGACAUCAACACCAAGGUCAAUGAUGGCAAAUACCACGUGGUUCGAUUCACACGGAAUGGAGCUAAUUCUACCCUUCAAAUUGACGAUAAUCCGCCACAAAACAAAUUUCCCCAAAGCAAUAGACAGUUAACAGUGUUCAAUGACCAAAGUUUGGUUCAAAUUGGUGGUUUAUACAACCCAAGUAGUCAGACGGUGGAGCGACCGUUCGUGGGUGUCAUAGCCGCAGCUCUUUAUAACGGCCUUCGCCCAUUGGACUUGGCCGCAUCCAAGAAGCAAGCCAAGUUCCAUGGGGACGUUCGCGUUCUUAAGGAUGGGAUUCCUUUCGAUUAUAAAGAUAAACAUCCCAGUUUGUUCACUGAAGAAGCCAUGAAGACCAUGAUGGACAAUGUCUUCACCACAGGGGGCUCAUUUGACGUCACCAAUGCUGAUCAAGUUGCUCAUAGUUCCAUUGCCAAAAGUGAAGGUCCUGAUGGUGGUUACGGUAGCAAUGCUGCCGGGGCCGCGUUUCUCAAUUGUGAUGACGAAGAAGAUUGCGUGGGGGGAUCAGGCUCUGGGGACGGCCCUUUCAAUCCAGGCUCUUUGUUCCCGGAGACCAAUGACCCUGUUCAUACCCACGGUGGAACCGACAGUCACUAUGUUCCUCUCUCCACACACGAACCCUAUCGAGGCUUUGAAGGCCCUCAAAACACACCUGAAGACGAGCACGACAAUUGGGCCAUCCUGCUGUAUCCUCAGCCGACGCCACCAGUGGGAAACACGCCGUACGUGUCGCCCACUCUCCUUCCACUUCCGCUUCCGCCCGGCAACAAUCUCUUUAUUCCCUUGGACAAGCUCGACGAGGAGAAGCACGUGGCUGCUUUCGACGAGAAAUGGAACGUCCCGGAUAUGACUCCUGGGGGCGGCAAGGGCGAUCCGAGUGGUCCCCGGGUCGCCACCAAGUCCAUGCCGGGCACCAUGGUGCUUGUGAUCGGCAUCAUCCUCGGGGCUUUCGUGGCCAUGAUCUUGAUCGUGAUCAUUGUAUUAAAAAUGCGGACUCGGGUUGAUGGGACCAUCAAGUGCGAGGAGGCGCCUCGAUAUCAGUUUGCUCCUCCCAAUGACUAUGGCGAGUUGGGCGACCAAGAAACGGCCACAACCUCUCUUAUGGAAGGGGCGGCCCGGCCUGGUGUGUCCACGAGUGGUGGUGGGGUCGGGAGUGGCCUGGCCCACCCCUCGCCGAAUCGUCAGAGUCAGUCCACGAACGGAUUCCUGGCCACUGCUCGAGCCAUCAACGGCGAGCGAUCCCGACUGUUCUGUAAGUCCAAUGGCUCCAAACCCGUUCGAGAGUGGUACGUGUGAGAGGAACACGCAGACUAAGCCAAACACGGUAUGUGUUUGUGUGUGUGUGCCACUCAGUAAGGCCAAAGACAGACCUUGCUUGAGUCCAAGUCCAAGAGCCACUCCCCAAUGUGAUCCGUCUUCAUCUAUCUUCUCAAGUUCAUAUCUUGUUGAAAACAACGCGACAACGAAUGUAUCCUGUUGCUGUUAUUACUAUUCAUCUGAUUAUUCAUAUCAUUAUUACAAUUGCUAUUAGUAGAAAUAGUCCUAGCAUUACUAUAUCUUACAUUAUGAAGGUGAACAUGAACCACUACUUUUUCCGGUCAAUUCUUCUCCUUUGGAACAAGUCAACGCAAAUAUCAGAAACGGAACAAAAAUUGAAUAUUACGAGUCUGCUGUACAACCGUGGAACUACCCAAUUUCACAUAGAGAAUGUCACUCUCCCUAUCAUCAUUAUCAUUACCAUCAUCAUUACUAUUUCUAUCUAGUGCUUUCUCCCAUAUUCAUUGUUAUCGGAUUUUCAUUCCUCAUCCUCAUUGAUCAAAAGCUCCGUCAACGUAACUAUUCAAAGGUGACCAACUCAUGUUUGUCAUAACAGAUUCCACUUUCCAUAUCACAUCUCUAAGACGCAUUAAUCAUCAAUCGUUAACAGUAGUCAAUCUUCUUUCCUUCAAGAAUAUCUACCAAUAUAUGAUUGUCUUCAAAUCCUCUGCACUCCCUUGACCAACCAAACCUUCCGCAAAAGAAGCAAUGAAUGCACUGCACCCAUCCAACUCUUCUCCCUCAUCAUACCAAAUUUUUCUUCCACCAGAAACCCCAUGCUCAGACGGUCGAUUUUUUUUGAUAGCUUCAAGUUGGCCUUUAUUCGAUACAACGACACCUUUUCAUCUAAACUUGUAGAAAAAGAUUCCAUCCUGGCCAUGUUGCCACAACGAAGUUCUCUAUUCAGAUCGAGCAGGGGAUGAGAAACCUUCCCCGGAUUAUAUAGCUUUUGCCAGGAAAGCGAUCGCAAUAAUAGCAACAGCAUCGCCAUCAUCAUCAUCGUAAAUAACAUCACACAUGUUUCUCAUGAAACUCUGGUUUGAAGUCUUGCUCAGUAUUGUUGUCGUCAAGUACAUGUAAACACUAGUUAAACUGGAUCAAACUGGUUUCAUCACCAUCAUCAUCAUCACGAUCAUCAUUCACAGUCCCCGAUAUUUCAAUCCAACUCUUAUUCACAUCUCUCAUUUCUCUAUUGGCACUCCAUCAAGAUGUUGGUAAACAUGUUUCUUGGCAUCUGUUUUGAUUCCCACAUGAUACUCCCGUUCUCACACGCAUCACUUCCAUAUCCUCCUGAUACACAUUCCAUUUUCCUCCCUCACUCUUUCGACCUUCUUCUUUUUCCUUCACCUCCACUUUAGUCUUUGCAAGCUUCAAGAUUUCUCUAUCUUUCUCUUCGUCUUCAUCUUCGUCUUUGCUCUCUCUCGAUCUCUCAAUGUGUCAAACAUCUUUGUUAAUAUGAAGAAGGACAGAGAGCAACGAACGAGAGGAUACCAACAAUUGGGUGGUGGUUAUGAGUAUGGAGUGUAUCAGAUAUCCUCACACCUUUCUCCUUCAAGAUGAUUUUUUAAGAUUUACUCGGUAUUUUUGUACAAGCACUCUAUUAUAUAUUUUCUAAAUAAAGUCCGUUAACCAUUGA